AUGCCUCACUUGCGGUACUGGAUGCAACUUCAAAGGACUCCUACCCUGGGGGUGGUGGUGAGAUUUGCCACAAUUGGAUUAGAAGCAUUUAAAAAUGUGGAUUCACUGGAUGCAAAUUCACUAAUACCAAAAGAAGAGAUGACAACAGCCAAAGCUUUUAUCCUGGCCACCAUAGAGUUUCUUGAAAGAACUUACCUUGUGAAUGACAAAGCCACCAAGAUGUACGCCUUUACACUAGACAGCGUGGAACUCCAGCAGAAACCCUUGAAUAAAGAUCAGUGUCCUGGAGAAAAGCCAGAGGAGCUGGAGUCAGGAGUCAUCCAUCACUGCCACCAUAACUGCAAGGCCACAGAGGACAGUGCACAGGAGCAAAUCUGUGCCAAGUGGAAGCUCUGCGCUGCUUCAGGAAUAUGCUUAGUUUUCAUGAUUGCAGAGGUCGUAGGUGGGCACAUUGCUGGGAGUCUUGCUGUCAUCACGGAUGCUGCCCAUCUCUUAGUUGACCUGACCAGUUUCCUGCUCAGUCUCUUCUCCUUGUGGCUGUCAUCAAAGCCCCCCUCCAAGCAGCUAACUUUUGGAUGGUGCUGAGCAGAGAUCCUGGGGGCCCUGCUAUCCAUCCUGUGCAUCUGGGUGCUGACAGGCAUGCUGGUGUACCUGGCGUGUGAACGCCUGCUGUACCCUGAUUACCAGAUCCAGGCGACUCUGAUGAUCAUCAUUUCGAGCUGUGCAGCGGCAGCCAACAUUAUAUUAAGUGUGAUUUUACACCAGAAACACCCUGCCCACAGUCACAAAGAAGUGCAAGCCAAUGCCAGUGUCAGAGCUGCUUUUGCACACGCCCUUGGAGAUCUAUUUCAGAGCAUCAGUGUGUUAACCAGGGCGCUUAUUAUUUACUUUAAGCCAGAGUAUAAGGUAGCAGACCCGAUCUGCACAUUCGUCUUUUCUGGCCUGGUUUUGGCCAGCACCGUCACUAUCUUAAAGGACUUCUCCAUCUUAUUCAGGGAAGGUGUGCCAAAGCACCUGAGCUAUAAUGGUGUGAAAGAGCUCAUCUUAGCAGUGGAUGGGGUGCUGUCUGUGCACAGUUUGCACGUCUGGUCGCUAACAAUGAACCAAGUGAUUCUCUCUGUUCACGUUGCUGCAGCAGCCAGCCGGGAGAGCCAGGUGGUUCGGAGAGAAAUCGCUAACAUCCUCAGCAGUCACUUUCCUGUGUACUCACUCACCAUUCAGAUGGAGCUGCCAGCCGACCAGGAUCCCGCCUGCCUUUUAUGCGAAGACCCUCAGGACUAG